GUCAGCCAGGGAGGAGGAGGAGGAGGAGGAGGAGGAGGAUGCACAAGGCGAGAGGAGAAUGAAGCUCACACAGUGGCAAGUGCCUCAGCUGCAUUCACACGGCUCAGUGAUUGAUGGCCAGUGUGUGCCUCAUCAGUGGGAACUAAACCAGGUUUUCAUCCUCAGAGACCACAGCAGCAGACUGAGCUGUAUCAGGAAGUACUCUGAUUCAGGAACCGAUUGCACAUGUGAAGAUUUAUAAAAGGAGAUGAAACAUAAACUCCAAACCUCCUGACAAUCACAGCAUCAUCGUCAUCAUCAUCAUCAUCAUCAUCGUCGUCGUCUGACGGACGACAGGGCGGCUUUUAAGCUCAUUUUGAAUCCACAGUUUUCUGGCCGCACUUCCUGUCUUUGAAGGAUGGGUGAUGGGCCUGUGACUGUUUCCGCCUGCCUGCCUUGUCCCACCUUUCAAUGGAGCCGAUGUGGAACUCCUCCCACCCACCUCCACAGCUCAUGUCCAACAUGUCUGCCUCCUCACUGCCUGAAGGCUGGGCGCUCUCCCAGUCGCUAGCCCUGCUGGCCAUGCUCCUCAUGGAUCUGCUGGCCGUGGUGGGCAACGUAGCUGUCAUGGUGGUCAUUGCAAAAGCCCCGCAGCUCCACAAGUUUGCCUUUGUCUUCCACCUGUGUGUGGUGGACCUGCUGGCAGCGCUGGUGCUGAUGCCCCUCGGCAUGCUCUCCAGCCGAGCGUUCUUUGGCGAGGCCCUGUGCCGGAGCUACCUCUUUCUCAGUGUGUGCCUGGUCAGCGCCGCCAUCCUCUCCAUCUCUGUCAUCAACGUGGAGCGCUAUUACUACAUCAUGCACCCCAUGCGCUACGAAGUGAAGAUGACCGUGGGCCUGGUCGCGUCGGUGCUGGUGGGGAUAUGGGUCAAAGCCCUGGCCAUGUCCGCUCUGCCGCUCGUCGCUUGGAUUCUGCAGGGCGGACGGACGCCACUGUUGGAGAGCAGCGGCGUCGGAGGAGGGGGAGGAGGAGGAAGUGGAGCUGUCCCGCCUCCUCCCGCUCAGGGUCACAGACGCUGCUCGCUGCACUGGACGGGCGGAGGGUCAAAUCGCCUGGCCUUCAUGGUCCUCUUUACUCUGGUAUAUUUCCUCUGUCCACUUCUGGUCAUUCUUGUCGUGUACUGCAAUGUCUUUAAAGUGGCCCGGGUGGCGGCCAUGCACCACGGGCCCCUGCCCACCUGGAUGGACACUCCCCGUCGCCAGCGGUCAGAGUCGCUCAGCAGCCGCUCCACGAUGGUCACCGGCUCUGGCACUGGAACGGGGACGGGACGAGCGACUCCACAGCGGCCCUUUGGAGGAGGAAAGGCCGCAGCGGUGUUGGCGGCGGUUGGUGGACAAUUCCUUUGUUGCUGGCUGCCCUAUUUUACUUUCCACCUGUAUUCAGCUCUGGUUGCCAGUCCUCCAGCCACACUGGCCUCUCUGGAGGAAGUGGUCACCUGGAUCGGCUACUUCUGCUUCACCUCCAAUCCUUUCUUCUACGGCUGUCUCAAUAGGCAGAUCCGGGAUGAGCUGGGAAAGCACCUGCCUUGUCUGUUUCGCCGAGCGGGGAUCGAAGUGGAGGACCGGCUGCCCAGCCGCGAAGGAUCCAUCGAGGAGAAUUUUCUUCAGUUUCUUCAGGGCACUGGCUGCAACCUGGAUCCUCAAAACUCUCACAGCACAUCCAGCCCUAAGGGGGAGGCCUGCUGCCCCGUGCCACAGCCCCAACCACAACCACCUGAGCCGGCACAGCCCAUACCCAUUGAUUUCCGUAUUCCAGGACAAAUUGCAGAGGAGACUUCAGAGUUUAUUGAGAGUGAACAGGGCAAAAACAACCGCAUUUAUACGGACAAUUAAGUUUUUGAAUGGAAAAAAUAA